AUGACAGCUUUUGUACUUGACAGCAAUUCGAGCAAAAAGGCUCUUCUUCACCGAUACCUUGAACUGUCUUCCGAGAAGGGAGAGUUCAUGGCCACGUACGUAUGGAUUGACGGCUCUGGCGAAAAUGUUCGUUGCAAAACUAUGACUCUCUCCGAAGAACCCAAAUCUGUUAAGGAUUAUCCCAUAUGGAACUUUGAUGGUAGCAGUACAGGGCAGGCCGAGGGCUCAAAUUCAGAUGUCUACCUCUAUCCAGCUGCAAUCUUUCGUGAUCCUUUUACGCGUCGUAACAACAAACUCGUUCUUUGUGAAACGUAUACUUACGACCAAAAACCGCAUUGUAAGUUCGGAUCCAAUAGGGCUGCUAAAUUGGCUCCACUUGCCUCUUUAAAAGCUACCAACAAACGCCGGGAAUGCGUUGAAGUCAUGAAACGGGCCGAAGGGGAGAAACCAUGGUUUGGAAUUGAGCAAGAAUACACUCUUCUUGAUGUCGAUCACUAUCCUCUGCAAUGGCCUAAAAACGGCUUUCCAGCGCCACAGGGCCCCUAUUAUUGUGGUGUAGGAGCUGACAGAGCAUUCGGACGCGACAUUGUACUUGCUCACUACCACGCCUGCCUCUACUCAGGCAUUAAGAUCGCUGGCUCCAACGCCGAGGUGAUGCCUUCUCAGUGGGAGUUUCAGAUUGGACCCUGUGAAGGUGUCGAUGCCGCCGACCAUCUUUGGAUGGCACGCUACCUUCUGCAUCGUGUUGCUGAGGACUUUGGUGUUGUAGUCACCUUCGAUCCCAAGCCCAUGAAGGGCGAUUGGAAUGGAGCUGGUGCGCAUACGAACUUCUCAACCCUAGCAAUGCGCACACCUGGAAAGGGCAUAGAUGUCAUCACAGCAGCUAUUGAUAAAUUGGCGCUCGCUCACGAUGAGCACAUCAAAAACUACGACCCAUGCGGCGGCGACGACAACAAGCGUCGGCUAACGGGUCGUCAUGAGACGAGCAGUAUCUAUGACUUUUCAUCCGGUGUGGCAAACAGAGGCGCUAGCAUUCGAAUCCCUCGUCAAGUGAGCGAGAAUGGCUAUGGCUAUUUGGAGGAUCGACGGCCUUCAGCAAACUGUGAUCCAUACACAGUCACCAUGAUGCUUGUAAAAACCACCUGUCUUUAA